ACAUUGGAUGUUUUUCUCUUAUAACGUCAUAGCAAAACCACCAAAACCAGAGAGACACGAUGAAUUGAAGGGCAGUGUGAGCACAUCACCACCCUCACUCUCACAACAAUUACCCUUUUCAGUUUUCUUCUUUCAUUCUCUUUCUCUGUGCUAAAGACCGUGAUGUCUCAGAACAAGAAUGUUUCUUUGGAGCGAAGUGCCCCACAACAACCUCGUCCUUCCAAUGUAUACGUGGGAGUGGGAGGUUCAGACAGCCUCUGCAUAAGCCCCAAACGAGAUCACAAGUCUGAAAACUAUGAGGACCUUCAAUUAGAGUUCAACCCUCUUGUGUUUAGCUCUCUGGAGCAGUAUUUGCCUCCCCACAUGCUCAACCUCUCACGCGAGGUUAAGGUUCAGUACAUGAGGAACAUUUUGCUUCGAUAUUUGCCCGAGAGUGAGCGCAUUCGGAUUCAAAAGCACAAGGAAUACAGGCAAAAGAUCAUGUUGAACUAUCCACCUCUGCACAGGGAGAUAUAUAGUAUGGAUGCUGAGAAAUUUUUCACACCAUCAUUUCUCAGAGCAAUUAAAGAAAAUACAGAAGAGAGUUUUAGAAGUAUAAUGACAGAACCCUGUAAAGGAAUUUAUACAUUUGAAAUGCUUCAACCACGAUUCUGUGAAAUGCUAGUAUCUGAGGUGGAUCAUUUUGAAAGAUGGGUCCAUGCUACCAAGUUCAGAAUCAUGCGACCCAAUAUAAUGAAUCAAUAUGGUGCCGUACUUGAUGAUUUUGGCUUGGAAGCCAUGCUUGACAGAUUGAUGAGUGAUUUCAUACGUCCUAUGUCUCGAGUUUUCUACUCUGAAAUUGGUGGAUCCUCACUGGACUCUCAUCAUGGGUUUGUUGUUGAAUAUGGAAUCAAUAGGGACGUGGAACUUGGCUUCCAUGUUGACGAUUCAGAAGUCUCCUUAAAUAUUUGCUUGGGAGGCAAAUUUUCUGGUGGAGAACUGUUCUUCCGUGGUGUUCGAUGUGAUGAACAUGUAAAUUCAGAUAUCCAACCAGGGGAAAUCUUCGAUUACUACCAUGUUCCAGGACAUGCAAUUCUUCAUCCAGGUCGUCAUCGGCAUGGUGCUAGACCUACAACAUCUGGGAAUCGGAUAAACUUAAUUCUCUGGUGUAGAAGUUCGGCUUUUAGAGAGUUGAAGAAAUAUCGGAGAGAUUUCUCUAGCUGGUGUGAAGAAUGCAAACGCAAGAAGAAGGAGAAAGAGCGUUUGUUAGUUAUGGCCACCCAACAGGAAUUAAUGAAGAGGGAAAUGCAAUCGGCCUCGUGAUGUUGCACAUGCAAAUCAUAUUGUAUAGUUGAUUCUCACCUCUGAGCUUCUUUACUGUCUCUAAAUUAUGGAUUAUCUGUAACGAAAUGAAAUGUACUUCAAGUUGAAAGUAAUAGGCAUCCAUUUCAUAGGGUUACAUGAACCAAAGAGUAAAAUAGUUAUAGUUUAAUAGUUGAAUGUUUUUAAUUUCUAAUUAUGAUAAUAAGGAACUUGAGUUCCUGAUUUUUUUCA